AUGUCUUUCUACAUCUACCACCCCUCCCUCCUGUUUGUUGGCGAUGAUUCCGAGGCUUACGAGGGACAAUUUACCUUAUCCUUCAACGAUUCUCUUCCACAUUCAGCGCCGAACAGCCUGUACGAAGAGACACAUACAUCCUCCGCCGACCUGUCAGCAGAGGAAAACGACGCGACGGGCGGCACCUCAGACCCAGGCGACAUCUUGUCUACUUCCGCGUCACCGGCCCUUGCGGCACAAGCCGCCGCGUCCCCACCACAAUCUCCGAAGGUUGUGCAGCAACCACGGCGGCUGCUUCCUGCGCGUGAUACAUCACCGACACACUCACUACCGGAGCGCAAUGACGAGGCGGUCAACGAGGCGUCGGUGGCACGAGCGGGCCAAAAACGGAGGCGAGAAGACGAUGAUGAAGGCGCAGACCAUGUCAAACGCGUGCACCGAGAGCCCCAGGUUGCCGUGCAGGCGGAGAUACCUGGCACGACCCACCCGGCGCCCUGCGCUGACGUCCUCCCACCGCAACCUGUUCCAAACGCGGGACCUUCGCAGGAAUCUGCACCUCCGUCAGGGCAACCUCCGGAGAUGUCGUGCACGCUUCCUCAAGGAGGGUCGGGACCGGAAAUCUGCGGGUUCGGCGGAUCCGCCGAGGACGUGUGGGUCCACCUCAAGGUGGUGCAUGGCAUGAGCAAGUAUGCCAGUACGAAGGGUUUCCAGCGGAACUAUGAGGGCAACCACAAGCAGGCGCUCGACAAGGAGGCCAAGGAGUCGGGUGACCUGGGUGGGGCGUACCAGGUCGAGUGCCAGCUCUGCCCACCGAACAAGCGCAAGUACAUGAGACUGGAUAGUCUCGUGCGCCAUGUGGGCGACGUGCAUUGGCAUACAGGGGAUGACAUGCGGUGGUGCGAUGCAUGUGGCAAAGCCAAACGGAAAGAUACGUUUGGUGGAACACGCCACCAUUUGCGCAAGUGUGUCAACAAACUCGUGCGCACCCACAAACGUCUGGGUCAUCUUUGA